GAAAAUCCAUCAUGGCGGCUAGCUCUGUUUCAAAAUUUUCUUUUUCUUUUUGAAGAGAUUGCGGGUACUAAUCAAAAAUCAUGAAAAGAAGUAGUCCAGACUAUUCUACGUCUGUUGUAGAAGAAAAAACUGUAGAGACUGUGGAUUAUGGCAGCCAAAGUCAACCAGUUUUAAAACUCAAGAGAAGCAGGCAAGCGAUUGAUGCUUCGAAAAGACUUGCUUUUGAGCUUUCUCAGUUCUCAACCCAACAGGAAAUCCUUCAAACUCUUGUUGAUCUUGAAAAGGAACUUCCGUUAGAGUCGUUAGAAGUCACUGACUUUGUGAUUCGAACAUUGUGGGAGAGAUUUUACGAGACGGAAGAUGUUGUUGUCAGAGUCAAAGUUAUUUCUUUGCUGGAAAGUGUCGGAACGUUUCCUGGAGUGAAUGUUCACGCGAUGGUAGAAGAACUUAUUAGUCUCUUGAAUACUAAAGGUGAAGCCAGAAAUACAGGUACACAGGCAGUCGUUUUUUUUUUUUUUUUUUUUUUUUUUUUUUGACAAUGACCUCUCUCAAUCAGUCAGUUCCUAACCUUAGAGUCUUUUACCUUUCACUCCGCCCCCCUCCCCCCUCCCCUCUCCCAACACCACACCUUCAUAUGUUUCUUCUACCUCACUCUUAGCCUGAGAAAACAGCCAACACUUUGUGACACCAUUACUGGUUUCCCCGUAAACUGACGUCUGAGUAACAAGUGCAGAAGUUUCAUACUGAUGACGCAUCACUACUUACCUGGGCAGUGCUUCUGAUCGGCUAAAGCAAAUUUCCCACUUGGCACAACCAAUCAGAAGCACUACCCACUUUUGAGUAGUGACAUGUCAUCAGUAUGGAAUGUCUGUGCUAUUUACUCAGAUGUCAUUUUGCGGGGAAAGCAGUGGUGGCGCCGCAAAAUGUCAGCUGUUUUCUCAGGUUAGUUCACUUCCCUAGCCAGAGGGUUACCUCUUAGGAUUUUUUAGGUGGGUUGUACAGCUGGCCUCAGUUGUUCAAAAGGUGGGUAACGCUAUCCAUCGGAUAAAUCUCUAUCCACUGGAUAGCGCAAUUGGUUUCCCUAAUACUUAUCCACUGGAUAGCACUAUCUAGCUUUUGAACAACCAGGGCCAGGGUUCCUGGACACUGUUACCUGUAAAGGAUCAUGUUUAACGGCAACUUUGCUACCCCUUUCUGGUCUACCUAUUAACCAUCAAAAGUGCCAACCAAAUCUCAGCCUAACCAUGAACCAGAAACACCAAUGAUUAUUAUCAUGCCGCUGAUCAAUUUCCUUAUUCAAGAUCAAAACCCUCUAUAUUCUAUCCCAGUCUAAACUGCUUGAAAACACUGCCCUUCACAGGGGCGUGGGAAAUACUGUUAUAGCCCACAGAUGAGGCUCUCUUAAAUAGGAUGGGGUACAUUAAUACCUUGUCUGAAUUUCAAAUAGUCAUUUCAGGGCUCGAAUUAAAAAAAUCUUCAGGUCAACCAACUGGAGAAAUGUAGUCGCCAGAUGCAAAUUUUAAGUCGCCAGUCUGUUUGAUGGAAAUGAUGCAGCUAAUGGCUUGUGAUAUUUCGCGCGGUUGCAAAGCCGUCAAAUUCAGGUAAAUCUGCAAAAUUCUCAAAAGCACGCAAAAUACAGUGAAAUUCAGUAGAAAUCUUAUCAAAUACAUGUCUGUACAACAUAUUUGAAAUUUUCUCAGCAAAUUUGUGAAACAUGCAAACAACGUCCCAAAACUACCAGGCGUAUAUUAUGUCUGAUCAGCACAAAACCCGAUCUAUUUCUAGCGAAUUUUUCCUGAAAAAAAAACACAAAAUCGGCUGUUUUUACUGAUUGCUUUUCACGAAUUCCCGCCAAAUUGGCCGAUUUUUCUGCAAAUUUGUCCCUAAAAAUCCUGCGAAAUUUACCUUUUUCCAUGACCUGUUAGAAGCCCUGCAUAGUAUGGCGUGAUUCAUCAGACUUGAAAAUACCAUGGAUAGAAGUCGGUAUAAAUUUGGAGGUAAACUGGCUUUGUUUAUACGAUUUGGCACAUUUUUAUGAUGAAAGCAAAGCAAGAUAAUAUGAAAUGUUUGUGUUAACUUUGCUCUUUUAAUUUAAAUCUAAAAUAUAGAAAAAUCUGGUCACCACUAUGGCGACUAAACCAGAAUUUUUAGUCGCCAAGGAGAAAAUGUUAGUUGCAUUGGCGUCUGUAUCAGUGGCAAUUUCAAGCCCUGCAUUUCGCAUUUUGAAGAGUAGGCCAUGUCCCUGAUGUUAUUAACCCUUUAAGCCCUAGGAGUGAUCAGCAUCAAAUUUCUCCUUGUAAUAUCAAUGCUUUGGAAAACAGAGUGGCCAUGAGAAUUACGGACAUGAUCACCUUACAUGAAUUUGCUUGAAUUUAAUCAACUUCUCCCCACAACUUCUGUAGGAAAUGAAUAGGGCCAACAAAUGAGAAUUCAUAUUUUGAUCUCAGGGUUUAAAGGGUUAAACCCAUCUUUAUGUCUUUUGUCACCAUUUCAUCUAGUCAUCUGUUGCUGUUUUAAGGCAAUGUGGCUUGUUGGAAUUUAACCCUAAUCGGUCCUUAUGGAUGAUAAUGUACACUUGUAUCUCCCCAUGCCCCAGCCAUCAAUGGUUUUUAAUCAUCUUGUGUCUUUUGUGACAAGUCAAUUUGCUGCAUUUAUUUAGCUAUUUCAAGAAAGGUUGUCAGAAAAAGUGCACACAACAAUCCCAAAAGGUUUUGUGGGUGGUUUUGAGUUCACUGUUCUUAAAAGAAAUUCGAAAGAGUGGCACAAGAGGCCAUGGACGUAUGUUUAUGAGUGCCAAAGGAAAGCCACAAAAGUAGGUUUGUUGUAGUUAAUUUUUUAUCUCAGUAAUUUUUAUUUUUCUUUUGUUUCAACUUCAUUAGCAUACAUUAUCAUACAUUGUCAUACCCAAAAACAAAAGAAAAACAAAAAUUACCUGAGAUAAAAAAAUUAACUACAACAGGUUCAAGGAACAGUGUAUUAAUCAUAUCCCAUAUUACCUUUCCGUAUUGUUCUGUGCACGUUUUUCCGACAACCUUUCUCGAAAUAGCUGUAUCUGAAGUCAAUAACUGGACUUCACAAUAGAUACCUAACAUCACGCAACUAACUGAACCAUUAUAGUGAAAUAAAGUCUUCCAAGCAGCUAUAGCAUUUUGAUCAUGCAGCAAUUAAUAAAAGGACCUAGAAUUAAAAUCUGUUGGUGAGUUAUAUGUAGAAAUGAUUCUUUUUUUCAGAGUCCCACAAAGUUCAUGCUCAGGUAUUCCAAAGUCUUUUGCUUCUGGGCAAGCUCUGUAUCAAGGAGGUGGGUUGAUAUACCGUGUAUUUACAUUAUUUCCUUUUUAAACCUUUAAGUUUUAAUAUCCACAUACAAAUUCUCCAAACUGAUCUCUAUACAUUUCCUUAAAGAAUGAGUUGAGAGAAUUGUGAUCAUUUAAUUAAGUCUCAUAACCCCAUCUCAUGACAAUGUAUGGAUAUCGUUAGGAGAAAAUUGCUGUUGGUCACUAUUGGGACUUAAAGGAUUAAAACGAUAUUUGUGGUACAACUGUACUAUUCUUCUUUACCUUUGUUUAUCCUUCAGUCAUGGUACAAUAGAGAGGAAAAGUUGUUAUGUCACAUUGCCGUGGUGGCAAAAUUUUUUGAAUGACAACAAACCAAAAACUUCACUUAUAAAGUGAAUUUGCAUUGUUUCAAACUUCAUUGAUCUUGUUCAAUUUGAUUUAAUUUUUCAAAUGCUGGCAAAAUUUUCUGGGGUUGAAUCUGAGAGGACUGUGUAUAAGUUUAGAAAAACAAAAAGAAAAUCUCUGUGAUGUGUUCACCUACUCCAUAAAGCAGGUGCGGGAAAUAUUAGAAAGUUUCAUGCCACAGUCAUGCAACGAUGGCUAAAAAAUGUACAAAAGAGAAUGAUGAACGUGAUGCAUUUGUUGUUUUGCUAAUACAACAACAACAACAAUAACUUCAUUUAUCCACAGUUAAAAAUUCGUCAGGCUAAGUGAACUACUACAAAAUUGGGGUAUUGAAAGUCUGCAACCUUCAAUGCCUAGACCUGAUUAACAUAAAUUCCGUUUUAGACUUAUUAAGAGUUAGAUUAUAAGCAAUAAGCCACUCAUUAACUUUGGCUACAUCCUCAUUAAGAGCACGCUCUAGAUGUGCCUCAUUAAUACUGGCAAAAGUCAAGUGUCUAUCGUCUGCAUACAUCCUGUAUCGAACAUUUGUGAGACAGUUCGGCAGAUCGUUUAUGUAGAGUAUAAAGAGAAGAGGACCGAGGAUGGUGCCUUGUGGGAUACCACAAGUUAGAUAUUGAUCACCAGAGAGGGAGCCGUUCACAGUACAUUUUUGUUUACAAAGAUUCAGAUAGGAUUUAAACCAGCUGUAAGAAGAAUUUCUAACACCAUAGCUAUAUAAUUUAGAUAAAAGGAUGGAAUGGUUGAUCAUGUCGAAAGCCCUCUUUAAGUCAAGAAAAACGACUCCAUUAACAUUGCCUUUAUCAAUGUUAAAAGAACAUGUACAGCUGUCAACAGCUUCUAACAGGGCAGUGACAGUUGAGUGAAGUGAUCAAAACCCUGACUGUUUACUGGAAAUUAAAUUAUGUGCAGUUAAGUAGAUACAGAACUGAUCAUAAACGAUUCUCUCAAAGACUUUUGCCACAACAGGAAUUAUAGAGAUCGGAUGGUAGUUAUCUAAGUCUUAGUAUUUUUCUUGCUUAAAGAGUGGAGUGACUUUAGAACACUUCCAUUCUUCAGGAAAAAUACCUGUUGUAAGAAUGAUUGAAAAUACAGCAAACACAAGAGGCAAUAAGGUCAGCACACUCACAAAGAAGUCUAGCGGAGAUCUUGUCAAGGCCUGUCACUUUUGAUUCGUAUCAUUUGGACAAUAAAGUAAAAACGUUUGAAGGUUUAGUUGUUUUCAGAUCAAAUCUAUGUUCGGUCUCCACAAUAUAAUCGAAAUGCGAAGGGCCAUUAGUGGGGUGGGGAAUGUCGUUAAGGGCCCAAAUUGCCUGUCAUGAAUUAAAAGGAGAUUUGAGCCCCGUAAUGCUUAAGAAAGUAUUUCAUAACAGUUUUGAAAAUUUCGAAAUUUCCCAGGAUUUAUAUGGAAAACCAUGCAAGCGUUACUGGGUGGCAAAAGUUGUUUUUCUAAUACAAAUGAUUCUAAUCAAUCGCUACUUUUAAGAUAUACGGCGAAAAAUUCUCAGGUUACCUAAUUUUAGUAUGCUCUUUCAGCUUGUGCUAACAAAAUUUUUCAAAAUUGAACCGUUUUCUUGUUUAGUGAAAGUUGAUCAUGUUAUCAUGGUCAUGCAAAGGGCCUAUUAUGAAUAGGGCAUAAUUCACCCGAUUAGUUAAGAAUUUAUUUUAGCAGCUCAAGUCCAUCACAGUAGUCCUGUUUUAAGGUUACAGUGCAUGUGACAUCCACCAAUGGCAGGAUCACCCAUCACUAAGAAAAGAAAAUCUUAGAUUAGUAAACUUUUUAUAUCUGUACUGGCUACAAUGCAGGUGCUAAUUACCAAAUUACUGUCAUGCAUAAAAAUAAGAACAAAAACGCAAAACAUGUUGUUAUAAUAAUAAUAAUAAUAAUAAUAUUUAAUACUUAUAUUGCGCUUUUUCUAUAAAAAUACUCAAAAGCACAUUACAAUAUUAUUAAUAACUAAAUUAAAAACCAGUAAAAUUACCCGGUAAAAUUACAAUAUUUAAAAAUAAAUAAAUAAAUAAAUAAUCUAACUAAAAGCCUUUUUAAAUAAAUUGUUUUAACAGAGCGUUUAAAAGAGUCGAUUGAUGUUUCCUGUCUUAUUGGCAGAGGAAGACUGUUCCAUAAAAAGGGGGCAGCCAUCGAUAACGCGCGAUCUCCCAAAGUCUUCUUCGUUCUUAGCCGAGGUCUUUCUAAUAAUAUACCAUUAUUGUUACGGAGUAGUUGGUAACGUGAGUCCGGUAAGACAAAGACAAGAUCCUUAAGAUAGCUAGGCGCAACACCGUGAAGAAUCUUAAAUGUAACAAGGACAAUCUUAAAAUCUACGUGCAAGCGCACUGGUAGCCAGUGGAGUUCUCUUAGCAAAGGAGUAACGUGACAAUACUUAGGUGCGCAGUAAACCAAUCGAGCACUGGCAUUCAUGACUCUUUGAAGUUUCUUAAUUUGAUACUCAGGAGCACCGUACAAUAAACCAUUACAGUAGUCAAGCCUGCUUGUGAUGCUUCCUAAUGUGCCGGAUAUUGUACAAAUAAUAAAACGCGCUAGCACAAGUCUUAGUCACGUGAGUCGACAUGUCCAGAUGAGAAUCGAACCAGGUGCCCAAAUUGCGCACUGAAGAGGCAGGCGAUACCUCAGCUUGGCCGAUCUUGAUCUUGUCAACGGACACCUUUGAUAACUGUCGUUCCGUGCCAAUGAUCAAGAACUAUGCAUGAUGUUUACACUGUGGCGAAGUCAAAACUAGAGUUCGUGAAGUACUAGCCUGUCCCAGGCUCCGAGAUAGUCGGGUCCGGUGAAUUGAGAAAGCGUGGUGAACACAAAAAUAAAAACGGGAGGAAACUGGGGAGAGGAGGGGGGCGGCUAUCCUUUCCUUUUUCCUUUUUCCCGCCUCGCCAACUUUUCACGUGCCUUUCACUUUCACGUCUUCCCCACUAUCUGAGAGCCUGGAACAGGCUAGUGAAGUACUCCAUCUCAAACCAAACAGGCUUUUGAAUGUCUUUCAUAUCCCUGACUCGCCUCCUUUUUCUGGAUAAGACGUUCUUCAGCUGAGCGAUACAGACGCAGAAUUGAGAACAUUUUCAUGGCCUUUACUUAAAAUACGCAGCACACCCUCUGCAUUAAACUGUGUUAUUUUAUGUUUGUAUUGGGCUUUCCACUUGGAAUUGAAAUCGUUUACUUUCUAAUGGCGUGAAAUGUUUAGGCAAAUAACCACAAGAAAAGGGGAGCCACAUAGACCUGGGACUUGCAAAAGUUGUUUAUGCGCUAGUCAUUUAGCAUUUCAUUUACUUGGCUUUUAUGUUUGAAAAGUUUGGGAUUUAUUUUUUCAUGUCGGAUUUAUUGCGUAACAGUGAAAACGAUCCACUUAAUUACAAGGUGUAAAGACUAUGAAAAAAUAAGCGAUAGAAUCAGAAUCAUAUUGUAACAUAUUUGAGGACAUUCACUUUGCUUGAUUAAUCUUACCGAGGUCAGGAAAUGCAGCAACACAUAUUUCCAAUCAUGCAGCCUCCGCCAAAUUGAUGGCAAACCGCUGGGCUCGGGCAGGGAUGAUAACCCAUGGUUGGACAAUGAUUGCAUGAAAUUUGGCAGCACAUUGCUCGAUAUGUAUCUGUAAACAGGUGCGAAAAAAGUCAUUACCUGAUAAAAUAUUUUUAUCUCACAAUGUACAACAAACGAGAAGCGGUUACUCUCAGUCCGGCAUUGGAUUCCUAUCCCAAGUACUGACGCCUGGCAUUUGCAAGAUGAAAGCAAAAAUUCAGUUCAUGCGCAUCUCAAAGUAUCACAAUAUCAAAAAAUAUCACAAAUUCGUUGCCUAUAACAAAUAACUUUUAAUCGCGUGGGCUUUAAAAGCUUCGAAAGUUACCUUGAAAAAUUCUCUGAUAGAGAAAGUUGGAGGUCGUCUCUUUGUCCUGUGGGCGACGCAGCCAUGCACUGUACACAGCUGAGCUCACCAGGGUUACCAGCAGCAUGCAAAUGUAAAACUUGGCAGCCAUUGCUUGUAGUUUAGAGAACAGCGUAACCUGGUUAAAAAAAAAGGAAAUAUCUCCUUACAAACAAAAUUUUGUCACAAGAGAGGAAAAAAGUAUUGGGGUCAUGAGCUUCAAAAUGGAUGCUAAAUAGACUACUUUCUAGUAACUGAUAGUUAAUUUCGGUUGUAAACAAAUUUAUGUUUAGGGCACAAUAAUAAGAAUUAAGAGUAAACUUCAACUGGAUCACAGCCCCAGUCUCACACUGGGAACUGAACUAAUGAAGAUCUACUUGGUUGUUUCCUUUUCAUUCCUUCACUAUAAGUUCACUAUUGACAUAAAUUUCACUUGUAAACAAAUCUAUGUUUAGGACACAACUAAGAAUUAAGAAACAAACUGUACCUUUUAAGACGUAACUUUUGUAACUUUUGUUGGAUCACAGCUCUCUCCUGAACUGUUAAAGACCCACUAGGUUGUGUCGUUUUUAUUCCUUUAUUACUAACAGUGGCUCCGCCCAUGUUUUCGUUCUGAAAAUAGCCUGCACCAGGCCUGCACUAAAUUCAACUUUCCAAUGCACUGCACAAUUUGGGGAUAACUGAUUAAGGACACAAAGUUUGUGAUCACAUCACAUGCUCACACAAUCACUAUACCUUAUUAGCAUGAGUUUUUAGUGGCGUCACCUCAAUAUCAUGCCGGUCUGUUCUACCAUAAACUUAUCAUACGAGGUCACAAAUUUGGUUCAUGAAUUUUCGUAUUAGUACAAGGCUUUAAAGCACGUAGCGUCACAAGUACAGCAUCACAAGGUAUCACACAAGACAUCACAGAGUAUCACAAGGUAUCACAAGGUAUCACAAGGUAUCAUAAGACAUCACAGAGUAUCACAAGACAUCGCAGAGUAUCACAAGGUAUCAAAAAAGACUCUUUAAUAAUUCUUUUGUUUUAACCUGAUAAAGCGAAAUCAAAGCAAAAUAACACGGCUUUCCAAAUAAAUCACCCUCGCAAGACAACAACUUACCGCUAUUGAAAUCAGUGAACAGCAAAUAAAUGAAUCAAUGAUUACCAAAUUUAAACUCCCCGACUGCUACGGAGCCGAAGAGAUUAUAAUGCAGGAGGUGAAAAUGGUGGGAAAGCAAAAAAUUGUCCAGUUCCAAGGCUGCUGCCUAACGGGCGCCCGGUCGCCAGAGGCGCCCAAGGUAAGAGCAUGGGCGACCAAAUUUCGGUACAAGGAGCCCGCGCGGGCGCCUGACUUAACACACGGCAUUAGACUUAACCUCCUUGUACAUUAUAUUCCUUUAGCUGGAGUAGGACUUUAAACAGUGGAACUGUUGAUAUGGUUAGCGAUGAUGCGAUUAGGCAGUAUAAAAUUUCCACAAAUAAACCGUAAAUUAUGUAAACCUAACGUGUUCAACUGUGAAGCUUUGUCGAAACGAACGAAGCCAUCGUUUCCGAGUCCGGAUGGCAGUUGAAGACUGGGUCUGAGAUUUGACUUCCAAAUAUGGAAUAGCAAAAUUAUGGGCUGUUUGUUGCCUAUGUUGACAUUCGUGCAGUUCAUCGUUUGCUUGGGUUUUCGUCGAUUUGAUAACUUUUUUGUGGCGAGAAUGGGAAGCUAUCUUGCGUGCUAUCGACUGGACGUGCUUGAUGUUCGAUUUCAUGUACCAGUUUGCAACGUAUCAGCAUUUUCAAGAGACUUUAAAAAACAACACGCCAGAGAACGCAGUAUGAUAUUUCAUAUUUGUAAUGUGAUGUCUUUACCUUGAAUAAAGAAAUUAAAGUAAUGAUCAACUUUGUGUUGGUUGUAUUUCUGCCUUGCUGCACGUGCUUAGCGCCCUUUCCCGCUAAAAUCGGCAAAGGUUCUGCUUUUCCCGCUAAAAUCGGCAAAGGUUCUUCUUUUCUCGCUAAAAUCGACAAAGGUUUCAGCAAUUUGUCUUAAGCCCAGUGACUACAAUGGAAUUCUCGCAACAGGUAAGCAAUGUUUAUUUCUUACGACUCCGUAUGUGAACAUUUAUAUUAAUAUAGAUAACGAUUUGGAAACUGUCUCUUUCAAAACAAUAAAAUAUAUUUCCCGCUUUUAAAACACAACCGAAGAUGCUGUGCCUUCAUUUGACCUAUAUUCAAUGCGGUUUUAUUUAAUCCGUAGUGACAACUUGACAUUCUUGACCUUCUAAACGAAAUAGCAGAUCAGCUAGGUAGCUGUCUGUGAUUGCCUCGCAAAUUCAUGCAAAUUUUCUUUGACUAAUGAAAUUUGAACCGCGUUUGUUUUGAGAUCAAAGAUACUGUAAGCUUGAUAUUUCACUUAUAAUAAAAACGGCUUCUUUUCGCGUACAGUUUCUACAGCUUCGAUACACUGAUGUUGAGUUUGGUUCUGGAACAUGCUCACAGAAAAGUGCAGAAAGUUUAAGACAGUAGCGCUUGAAAUGUAACAAAUAUCAUUUUCGUGACACGGCUAUUUUUGUCGUGGAAGGAAAUUUGAUCGGGGCAGAUUUUGAUCACGUGCUAGGUAACCAGUUCUGACGGCUCAGAUGGAGAAUCUCUCUUUUCCAUAACCAAACCAGGAAUUUACCUUCAAGAUGACCAUGCAACGAUGAAUGUCUUGUUUAUUCAUUCUCAUCUUAGUUGAACAUUAAUUAUAAGGAAAUUUGGCAAAGUUAAAUUUUGUUGCGGGAAAAUACUCGGUUAUAAGACGCACCCCGAGUUUUGAGAAAAUUUUUAUCGAGCAAGCACAAAUUUUCGUAAACAAAGGUGCGUCUUAUAAGUGAAUAAAUACGGUACUUCGGUUAUCAAUUGUUUUCUUCUGAUACUGACUUGUAAUUGGGCUAUAUUUUUAUUCGCUUACAAAUACAAAAUCUUUCGGGGUUUGGCCGCGGGAAUCUUUAUUCCUUUAGUGACAGAUAUAAGAUAUUUUAAAAUGAAAUGCCACUUGAUAUCUUUAUAGUAACGCUACACUGUGUAUAACUGGUCUAGCCUCAUUGAGGCCAAGGUCCUCAAUAAAAUAUAACAAGUUUUGAACAGUUCACAGAGUGGGCCGGUUUUCUUUAUAUUUCAGGUUGCUGACUUAAAAACUUUGAAAGAAGCCCUGAUUAGCAAUAACCAAGAUUUGUGUUGCAAGUUAAGGGACAAAUAUUCGCGAAAAUUAAACCUUAACCAGUCCUUCCCGAGAUCUGAUAAGCUAAAACAAGACCAACUGGCACAGUCCCUUAUUCCGUGUGAUGCACCAACUGGCCUUAUUGCUCAUGAAGUCGCUGGGGAUGGAAAUUGCCUGUACCACGCCAUUUCUCUGGCCCUUGUGGGUACAACAGAAUACUCUACUUGUCUUCGUAUUCUGACAGCCAUUGAGCUGUUUGAAAAUACUGCCUACUAUGGAAACCAUCCGCGAUUCCGGGAAGCUCUUCAAUGUGGGUGUCCCUUUGGAGAAGUCACCGUUUUCACGCUCGCACUGAAAGAAAAUGGAAUAGCAGAGUGGGAGCACAGUGGCAACCGUGAGUCUGCUAUCCAGAGUGAGGCAAUUGGGGGAUGUCAGCUAGGUGAAUGGUCGUCGCUGAUGCACAUCAUGGCACUUUCCACAGUGAUUUCCAGGCCUGUCUUUACAAUCUAUCCAAGUUGUGCAGAAGCUAUUCGCCCCCUCUUACAUGGCUUAGUGAAACCACGUAUUAACAGGCCAGACGUGUUUUCCAAUAAUGAUUGCUUUCAUAUUCUGUGGUCAAGGGAUGGUGGAUUAGACAGCCGCCCAAAUGCUAUUUAUGUUCCUAACCACUUUGUCCCCCUUUUAAAAAGGAAUAUGCCGAUCAUGCAGUCAAAACUGCUAAAGACUACCGCAAAGUUGCUGACCAGUCCACUAAAAAAGCAUCCCCCCCGAAAAGGUCGUUUAGUUUGGAAGACUUUUGGUUUCCAACAGAAUGUAAAAAGAAAAAGAGAAAUGAAGCAGGCAUAAACAAUAAAAGAAUGAAAAUGGGGGAUGAUGGGAAGACAGAAAAAAGACAGAGGACAAAAUAAAGAUGAAGGAAAAAAUGCUGGUGGAGGAAGAAUUAAAGAUUCAGGAUGACAUGAAGAUGGAAAAGGAAUUGAAGAUGCAGGAUGAAACGAAGAUGACAGAUGAAUUUAAGAUGCAGGACGAAACAGAUAUGGAAGAUGAGAGAAAAAAAAUGGAGGAUGAGAGGAAAAUGAAGGAUGAUCAGGGGAAGAUGGAUGCAAGAAAAAUGGCUGCAGAAAAGAACAUGGAGGGUGAAAGAAAGGUAAAGAGUGCAACGACGAUGGAUGAUAAAAGGAAGAUUGAGGUGAAUAGGAAGAUAGAAGAAGAUGGAAAGGAUGAAUCGGAUAGGACAAGGGAAAAUCACGCUAAUGCUAUGGACAAACGUAAGGAAUAUGAACAAAAACGGACAAGGUCAUUUCAGUGGAAGUGGCUUCAAGCCCAUUCUUGGUUGCGUAUAAACCUUGUAAGAAAAGGCACAAUGCAGCCAUUCAUUACUAACACAUCCUACCCAAAUUCACAACCUGUUGGAACAGCAGUGAAAUCAAUGUACUGUGGUGUUUGCUCGAAGCACCCUUCUUUAGCAUCAAAGGACAGUGAAAUAGCUAAGAGAAGUGGGUCAAGCAACUUCAAAAACGAAACAUUAAAAAAACAUGAAACAAGCCAGAACCAUAAAAAAUGUAUUGUUGCGGACAAAGCCAUAAAUGAUCCGAAAAAAACUGAAAUGUACAAGUGCUGUAAGCAGUUAUACGAAAAAGAAGACGAAAAAAUGGAGAAGAAAUUUAAAACAGCCUUCUACAUUUCAGCAUUAGAACGGCCAUUAGAUGACUAUGAAAGUCUCUGUGCGCUUCAAAAGUUAAAUGGGGUGGAGCUGGGUGAAACUUACUUAACACGAUCUGCAUGUACUGAAUUCAUUGAGCACAUAAGCUCUGUUAUGAAGGAGGAUCUCGCAGACAAAUUGAAGGAAUGUAACUUUUUCUCCCUAAUGAUUGAUGGAAGUACAGAUCAUGGUGUCAUUGAGGAAGCCAUUAUGUAUGUGCGCUACUUGGAAAAGUCAGUUGGAAGACCGGUCACUGCAUAUCUUGGAAUCGAAGAACCUAAGGCUGGAACUGGAAGAGGUUAUUUAGAUGCGGUUGAUUCCUGUUUCCAAAGAGUAACCAACAUGAAUUCAGUCACCUGGAAGGAGAAAAUUACAGGCCUGGGAACUGAUGGCUGUGCGGCAAUGACAGGUGAGAAGAACGGAGUGGUUGGUUUAUUGAGGCAAGAAAAUAGAGAAUUUAUGGGAUUCUGGUGCGGAGCACACAAGCUUGAAUUGGCAGUUGUCAAGUGCCUAGAAAAAUACCCAGAUUUUGUGAAAGUACGUGAUGUCCUUCGCAGUUUAUACCAGGAAUAUCACUACAGCGCCAAGGCCCUCAGGGAAUUAAGAGAGUUAGCUGAAGCACUAGAUAACCAGAUCUCUAAGCCUACUAAUGUGUUUGGAGCUAGAUGGUUGCCACAUCUUCAAACCGCACUCCAGGUACUGUUUCGGGGAUAUAAAACUCUCAUGAUGCAUUGCCAGAACACAAGAGAGAUGCGUGUAGGAUCAAGUGGUAGACAGGGGCGAGCAUCAUUUUCGGUCAAGUUCUUAACCUCAUUCAGAGGGUUGCUCUUUACCAGUUUUCUGUGGGACAUUGCGGAGGAAGCAGCUCAUUUAAGUAAGGUUUUUCAAGCUGAGUUUCUUACAGUUACAACCGCAGCGGCAGCAGUUCGAAAAUUUGAAUUACAGUGUCUUAAUAUGAAGUCGUUAAAUGGUCCAAGACUUGAGGCGUUUUUGAAAGAAGCAGGGGAUGGCAGUGUGUUCAGAGAAAUUGAGAUCAAAAGGGAAGACAAUGAUAUUGAACAAUUUGAGAAGAUCAGAAAGUCUGUUUUGGAUGAAAUUGGACAGAGCAUGGGGGAGCGAUUCCAUUACCUCUUUAACGACCCAGUUGUAAAGGCUUCUUCAGUUUUAGAUCCAGACACGUGGCCUACAGAUCCUGAAGAGUUAGCGUCUUAUGGUUGUGAUCAGCUCUGUGUAAUCGCUAACAGGUACCAAGAGCAGUUGCAAAAAGCUGGUUUUAAAGCUGAGUCUGUCAGUAGUGAGUGGCAGGGAGUUAAGAGCCUUGUGAGUCUAAUGAAGCACAAGACAACACCUGACAUUUACUCUGUGUUGUUUUCUAAACAAGAAGAAUUUCCUAACUUCCUUUUGAUUGCCGAGAUUGUGUUCACCUGGCCUUUGUCCACCGCAGCUUGUGAGCGAGGUUUCAGCUCCAUGAACCGCACUAAAACUAUUCAGCGUUCAAGUCUUGCAACUAGGACACUGGACAACAACUUGCGUAUCUCAGUUAAGUACCACAGCCUGAACAAAUCAGAGAGAGUCAAGGCCUUCGCUCAAUCUGGGCACCUUGCCAAUGCAGUCAAGCAUUGGCGAGAAAACAGUGUCAGAGCCCGACGAGAGAACUGGGUGGACAAACAUCCAGAGGCUAGAACCUGGAGUUCUCUUAAGGGGACAAAACCAAAAGACUGAUGAACAUUGCUCAAUGCUGUGAUUUAAUUGUAAACUACACUGUGAAUUCAAAGGAUCUGUUUUGGACCCAAAAUUGGGAGUUUUUCCUUGAGUAAAAUACAGUACUAUUUGAGGGGCUAAUUAAGCUCUUCUAAAAUGGAGCUGUUUUGGACAACUCCGAGCUGUUUUGGAGAACUUAUAAGACUUAAAAAAAUGAUCUUUUGAAUUUACAAUGUAGUUACAUUGACAUAAAAUUCUUUUAUAGCACAGAAUCAGAUAGGAAAAUGUUAUUCAAUUUAAAUGAUUCCUCAAAUGUUUAGCACUUCAUUUAAUGAGAUCCAUCCAGGCUAAGGUUUACAUAAGGCACUUGAUGUUCUGUUCUGUUUUUCCUGUUCAUGUAUAAAAAAAAAGCAAGGAGAGGAUUGGUCUACUUUAGAAAGUUUUUGGAAGACUAGUUAAGUUGUCAUGUGGAACACAACUGUUACUGAACAAAUGUGAAAGUCAAGUAAAUAAUUCUGAGUUGAAAUUACCUACUGUUAUGUUAUUCUUUUAUUGUGAAAAUUGUGAAAAUUCCUUUUACACGCAAAUUAAGCCCCUCAAAUAUUUUUCCGGCUCAUGAAUGUGUAUAAGAAAGGUAAGAAGCAGUUUAAUUGUUACAUUUUAGAAAAUUCUUUGAAGGCUCUUCUAGGUCACAUUGAACACAACAGAUGUGGAAGUUAAUUGAAUAAAUUAAUAAAUGAAAGUAAAUAAUUCGGUUAAUUCUUGUUUACGUGUUAUUUAUUAGGCCCGGCGAAUUCUUAUUAAAGUGUGCAAGAACCUCUAUAACCUAUGUAAUGAUCUUGGAAAAACAAUACAUGGAUUUCAAACUGGGCUCCUAACAAUGUGGCUCGGGCUCCUAACUUUAAACUUUAGGAGCCCGAAGGGCUCCCUAAAAUUUUUCUUAGGCAGCAGCCUUGAGUUCUGCGUCGAGUCCUGGCUUGGUAAAUAUCCAUCCUCAAAAAUAACCUACAAAAUACUUCACAACACUUUUUAGUGCGUUUAGCGCUCGGCAGAACCACGUUCAGCUCCACAGAGGCAUGACGUGCUGAUAUAAAGACAAGUCAGUGCAGAUUUAUGUCGUAGUUAUGGUAUCGCGAUAAAUGUAAUCAUCUCUAACUUAUUUUAAUGCUGCAAUUUAAAAUAUAAUAAAUCACUUUUUGUGGCAAAUCAUGGAAGGUAAGCUCGAGUUAGGGUUAGGGUAGUGGUAGUGGCUUCGUACUACACUCUAUAUACUGUUUCAAAUGGGACACAAUGCAAAUUGAUUCAUCAGCUGGAUACGCGAGUAGCUGUAUAGGGGCUAGAUGUUUCCCAGGUCAAGUCGUUUUAAGCUUGUCGCCAAUGGUAAAUGUUAUUUGCAUUGGAAGCUCUUGCAUAAAAGCAGUAUCAAGCUUCGUAAAAUUCGUAAAAUUUUCGCAAAAUUUUCUGCAGUUGAAUCUGAAAGGAUCGUAUAUACAGCUGUACACGUAAGUUUAGAAAAAGAAAUAGAAAAUCUUUGUACUGUGUUCACAUACUCCAUAAAGCAGGCGCGUCAAAUUAGAAAGUUUUAUGUCGCAUUCAUGAACGAUGGCUAAGAAAUGUACAAGAGUUAAAAGAAAUGCUGUUGUUGUUUUGCUAAAAAUAUAUACCUAUUGCUUUUUUUCCUGCUCUGAUUGCUGUCACCUUCCUCUUUGCUCAAGCUCCCUAUUGUUGUGAUCCAGAAAUUUUGUUACCAUGGUAAUGUGACUUAUUCGUUGCUAAAGUGCAUUCUCUGGAAAGCCAGUUGUGUAAAUUUGAUUUGCUUCAUUAAAACAAAUCCGGUAAAAGAAAUGUUUUAUUUUAAUAAUUCUGUAGAGACCCAGUGUUAUAUAUACAGACUAACAGAAGUUUAUGCAUUGUCAUUCUCACCCUAGGUAAAGAUUGUCCACCAAAUUGAAAAGAUAGCUACCCAGGUAUUUAUGUAACAAUAUUGUAGUCUAUGCUUUUGUUUUGCACACUGACAUACACAUUUUAAAACUUACAUUGUUCUUUUUUUCCUUAAAAGCACCUUAAAGAUCCCCACACCUUGGUACGCUGUCAGUGUCUUUCACUGAUUGGACAUGUGACUCAGGAACAAGAGAGUUCUCCAUCUUGGGCAGCGCAAAGCUCAAAGCGAGGGGUGCAGGGUUUGCUAGCCAGCUUCUCAGAUGACAGUGACCCUCGAGUGCGCACAAGUGCCUUACAGGCUUUGGUAAGUAUCAUACCGCUGCUCUGGUCACUGCACUGGCUGCCAGUAAUAUUAUAUUACAGUUGACUCUCUCUUAACGGACACCUCUAUAAGACGGACACCUCCCUAAAACGGACACCUAGAGUUGGUCCCUGCCUUUCGUUACUCCCUUUAUUUGACUCUUUAUAAGACGGACAUCUCUCUAUGGAUGGACACUUACUGUCGGUCCCAAAGAUGUCCGUCUUAGAGGGAGUUGACUGUAUAUAGGUUUUCAUUAAAGCAAUACAUGAUGUUGCCUCAGUCUACAUAAGUCAACUUAUUUCUGUUAGAGACACUACUGGAAGACAUACCGUAUUUAUUCAAAUAAGCGCCCAACCUCAAAUAAGCACCCACCCCCUCCUCCUCCCAAUCAAACUCAAAUAAGCCCUCACCCCUACCUCACCCACUUGAGUGAAUAAAUGCUAAUAAGAGACUUCCCCGAGGACAAAGUUUUCUUGAGAGUCUUACACAGAAACCUUGCUUUGUUACUUCUUCGCGUUUUGUUAUUAGCAUUUAUUGUUUUGUUGGAAAAUAAACAUACUACGCUUGCUGAAAAUGGUAAAAAUUUAAUAAGCGCCCAGCCUCGAAUAAGCGCCCACCUCGAAUAAGUGCCCACUCUCAAGGUCCAAAAAUUUAACAAGCUCCCAGGGCGGUUAAUCGAAUAAAUACGCUAACCUACAUUCCAACAAUAGUUUACACCUUAAUUAUAGUUCAUGUAGAUCCCUCACCACGCUCGCAGAUUGUUGUUUUCAUGUGGCCACCCCUAAACCAGGGAAAAAUCUUCAGAGUGGAAUAAGGAACAUCACAUCUGUGCAAAGUUUCAAGAAAGCUAUCACAAUCUUUUGUAUUUGCAAAAGCUUUUUAAAUAUACGUUUUAUUUCUAUAUUAUAUAUUUUACGUAUCUAUUUAUUUAAUUCUUGUAAAUUUUAAAUUUCAUCUUUUUUAGCUUUUUAUCAUUGUAAUGCACGAUUGAAAAUUUUGAUAUUGACAAAUGUGCAAUGCUUACAUGUAAGAAAUUAUUAUUAUUAUUAUUAUUAUUAUUAUUAUUAUUAUUAUUAUUUCUAUUAUUACUAUCAUUGAAUAAUCAUACUACUAAGUAGAAGUUAAACCUUCUUGGAAGACGAUAAUUACUGAUCAAGGAAGUUUCAACUGUUGUUGAUCGCUACCAUUGUUUUGUUUUCAUCUUAGGAACAAUGCAACUGAGUUUUUAAUGUUUUCCAAGUUUAAGUAAGCUCGUGAAGGGCAGAUUAGAAACAACUACUAAACAACAAGCUAUCAUCUGCUAUUCUGAAUGCAUUCAAACAGAAAAAUAAAUUAUUACAGUAGCCAUAAUGACAAAAUUUAAUUUGAAAAAUAAAUUAUUACAGUAGCCAUAAUGACAAAAUUUAAUUUGAACAUGUUUAAGGCACUUGAUAAUUGAGAAUGGUGAUAAUAGGCAACAUUUCGUGGCAAAAUCGUCAUUUUCGUUGAAACUAUCACCCUUUGUCUUAACCAUUUGGCCUUGGCUAAAAGGUUAAGCACUUGAAGAUUAUGUGUUGAGGGAAAAAAUGAUUUACACAGGAAAGUUGUUGUAAUCUUUGACUACAUUUCAACAGCAUUUGUUUUGUUCUAGCUUACGCUACAUGAGAGAGGUCAUACCUUAGGCAUAGCAGUGUAUGAUCAAGCCUCACUAGCAAUGGAUGAUGACUAUGAAGCGGUCCGAUUGGUGGCCAUUAAGCUGAUUUGGGUUUUUAGUCAAGCAGAUCCUGAAAGGUGAGUUCGUAGUUACUAAAACAUGGAACGACCUAGACUGCAAAACAGUCGGUUUUUUCCUCAAAAUCUGUAAAGAAAUAGGUAACGCGUGGCGUAAGACUCUUAUGCGCGCGAACCGCGCGAGCCUCACACGCCCGUAGGGCGCGUGAGGCGAGAGAGAAAAAACGUACUUUUUAGCGUCUCUCCCCAGUCUCGCUCUCUGUUUUCAGCCUCGUUCCACACCUUUUGUUUGACUGCUCGCGCGUACUUGAAUACGCAAAAAUACGGACUGUUUUGCAGUCUAGGAACGACCUAAAACCACCUAAAACCACCUAAAACCAUCUACAACCACUAAAACCACCUACAACCACCUCAAAAAAAUCAACAACCACCUACAACCAUCUACAACCACCUCAAAAACAUCUACAACCACUCGCAAACAAUCUAAAACCGUCUAAAACAGGGUAUAAAUGUCUGAAAUAAGGCGAGACGACAACAUGUCACGAACAUGAAAUACGAGAAUCGAACAAAACAUCCACUUCCCCCUAAAAUCUUACUCUCCCUGGUCCCUUGUAUCAUCAACCAUUGGCUUAAGUCACGAAAUGAAAUGCGAGAUCAUGGUAAGUAUAUUAAAAGACUUAAAGAACUUUACAAAAUGAACCAUCGAGUCACAAAAAAUAAUAAAAGAAAAUAACAAACUCGUAGUCGAAAGACUGACUUGAUUUGGCUUUUUCUACCCUGGGUACCAGUGAGACGUUUUGGUUCACGUUUCAUUUGUUUACGCAAUGGCACAAGGUAGGGUUUCUCUCUCUCUCGGAGUCUGCUUCACUGCUGUUUUGUUCUGAGGUGGCGGAUUACAUUCCUAAGAACAAGUUAAUUUUUUUAGCAUCUCAUCCGCCAAACAUGUUUGUACAUUCCAGGUGACACCUUUAGAUGAACCCUAGCGUCUUUCACACCCGUUUCCUGUGUCAUCACGCAAGGCUAAACUCCCUUGCGUCACGAUACAGGAAACGGAGACUAGUAGGUGUAAUCAUUGUUAAAAAUGUUAUUUUAAAAAAUCUAUAAUGCAAUGCGUUCAGAAGAAAACAAGUUAAGACGAGCCGAAAUUAAUAAAAAUGGGUUGAAAAAUUUUAAUAGUGAACUAUUUAAAGUAAUUUACCUGGAUUUUUAUAUACCUUUAUUAUGAUUUGGAACCCAACUUUCACCCCGGCCCUCUUCUUGGGAGUGAUGGGAUAUGCGCGCUUCUUAAUUUCGCUUUGCUCGUUGCAAAUACGUCCCCACUAUAUACUAUCUGAGAGCCUGGCACAGGCUAGAGUAACUGGAACUUUACGAGCUAAAACGGAACGAAAAAUAUUGAUCACAUAUUCGGGUCUUCCCUCCCCGCCAAGGGACGUUACUGGUAAGAACGUUUUGAUUCAUUUUGCUGAAAAGAAUUAUCAAAUAUCAUUAUAUAAUGUUUUCUAAUUCUUGCAACUGUAAACGGGUUAAUAGCUGUAUAAAAUCAGGCUCUGCAAGUGAGACACGUUCACACUAGACUAAAGGAUUCUGCGGGACUACGUACAUUUGUGUGAAACUAUUUCAGACAUUUAUACCCUGUUUUAGACGGUUUUAGAUUGUUUGCGAGUGGUUGUAGAUGUUUUUGAGGUGGUUGUAGAUGGUUGUAGGUGGUUGUUGGUUUUUUUGAGGUGGUUGUAGGUGGUUUUAGGUGGCUGUAGAUGGUUUUAGGUGGUUUUAGGUGGUUCCAUGUUUUAGUAACUACGAAGGUUAGUUUUAAUUUAGUACUUGUCGCACUGAACAGGAGAUGACUGCUUGAAAUAAAAAUAAUGUAGCCUUGCAAUCAAGAUUCUGAUAUAUGGCAUACAGUUAGUCGAAUGCCAUAGGCCCCCUAAACUCAGUGUUAGAGUGUAUUGAUCAUGUUUGGUUAAUGUAUUACAUGUAUACGUAUCUGCCAACAGAACUGUAUAAUGCAUAAUGCAUCUGCCAACGAAAGACCUUGAUCUCGUUGGUAAUCUCAGUAAUAUAUUCAUGAAGGUGAUUUUACACACUAGUCCUUCUGGAAUAUGUUGUGCGUUAUGGUGUGUUGCUUGCUACCUGAGGGGUUGAUUUUAAAAAUGUCUUUGUUCCCCAUGUCUCGUCCACUCAUAAAGAGAAAUCAUUAGAUGGUGCAAUAGAUCAGAAAAUCGACUGCUUUUCUUUCCUUGCUAACUCGGACCAAAGUACACUGUGUGACCAUAGUUAGUGGAGGAGACUGGUUAUGAAACAAAGCUGACAGCUGAACCAAAUCAAGUUGAACAAAGCUAGUUCAGCUGAAUUUUGCUACCCUAUACUACAGUAAACUCCCCAAAUCCCUCCUAUCCUAGAGUAGAUGUUUUCCAGAAACUACUGAGGUCAUUAGCACAGUCUAGCCAAAACAAAACCUUAUACCACAAUUCCUAGUCUUGAAAACCAUACCCUUCACAGCGGCACAUACCUAUAUAGCCCAUAUAUGGGGAUGUAAGCUCAGUGAUAGAUGAUGGAUGUAAUGGCAGCUUUCUCUGCUCAUCAUAAUCUUUUAUUUUACAAUUCUCCUCAGUCUUAUGGCAAAUAUUAACUCAUACUCAUUUUAGAUUCUCAUUGGAUUCAUUUUAAUACAUUAUGCAUAGUUUUAAUAUUCAUACUUUUAUAUUGUAUAUGUAAUUCCAAUAAAUAUAAAUUGUGUUCCCAGAUUAGUAUGGGGUUUUUCCCAAGCUAUACAGCUCUGACAUAUUAACAAAGUUUUCUAUCUAUCUAUCUAUUUAUCUAUCUAUCUAUCUAUCUAUCUAUCUAUCUAUCUAUCUAUCUAUCUAUCUAUCUAUCUAUCUAUCUAUCUAUCUAUCUAUCUAUCUAUCUAUCUAUCUAUCUAUCUAUCUGUCUGUCUGUCUGUCUGUCUGUCUAUCUAUCUGUCUGUCUGUCUAUCUAUCUGUCUAUCUAUCUGUCUGUCUGUCUGUCUGUCUAUCUAUCUGUCUAUCUAUCUAUCUAUCUGUCUAUCUAUCUAUCUGUCUGUCUGUCUGUCUGUCUAUUUAUCUGUCUAUCUAUCUAUCCAUCUAUCUACAAUACUUAUUUUCUACAUUAUUAAUGCAGAUUCAAUCUGUGCAUGUGAGGUCCUACCUACCUACCUGUAUCAACCCUUAACCCAGUUGAUGAUAAAGCUGUCUUGUAAGCUAGGCUUUACUAAGCACAAAUAUAUAUUCUAAAGCAGAACCCAGAACAGAUAAUUACGGAUGUUAGGAUGUUACUGUUGGGUUAAAUUUCUCAUUACUUCCUCACAGAAUUGUCAAGUUGCCCUCAUCAGAUGAGGCCCGGCUCAUAGAUGAUGCUUUUAUCAAAAUCUGUCACAUGGUGAAUGACUUGUCCAUGAAUGUGCGCAGAGAGGCUGCACGGUUGCUAGGAUCACUCCAUCUUGUCAGUCCAAAAUUUUUGGAGCAGACUUUAGAUAAAAAGCUUAUGUCUCACCUUAAAGUAAGACAACUUUUCAAUAUACUAUAAUGUUACUAUAAUGUAAGAAAGAUGAAAUGCUUAUCAUUGUUUUACAACCAGUAACUGUGAAUUUGAACCCGAAAAUGCCCAUUUUAUAGCCUUCUACAUUGGAGCCUUUUGUAACUGAACAGGUAGGAAAUGUUCUCUGUGCAACCUUUGUGGUUGAAUUGUAAGGUGUAAAGGCAUCCUGAAAAGCAAAAAUCCUUAGCUGCUGUUUCAGCCAUUUAAUACUAUACUGUAGCAUACUUAUGUUGUCAUGUGGGAAAAUGUUGCUCUAAGGUGUUAGGGGGAUUUGUUCAGAAUAUUCAUGUGAUAAUAAUUAUUAGGGAGCUUAAGCAACAACGUUUUUGAGGGACGCACGUCAACCGGAAGUGGCCUUUUUUCAUUUUUUGACGGUGGUUUCGCGCAAAUUUUCAGUCAAAUCGCCUCUAUAACAGUAAAGAAGCUAAGGAAUACAAAUUUUAUAUCAUCAAGGCAUGUUAAGAGGGAAAAUACCUCACUUCCGGUCGACGUGCGUCGCUCAAAAACGUCGCUGCUUAAGCUCCCUAUUGUUGGAGGUCAAUCGGUGGGAUGGUACUCUAACUGAUAACUGUAUAGGCUGUUACUUGCUGUUUUUUAUCUCUCCAAAACUUUACAUUGCCCUUCUUAAUGACUCAUUUAUACUUGCAUUUUAGAAAAGGAAGACUGAACAUGAGAAGCGCAAGGAAAUUCAUGCAGCAGGUGGAGCUGAUGAGGGCUGGAGCACUGGACGAACAUGGGGUGAUAAAGCACCGGAACCAGAGAUUGACCCUGAAGACAUCAGCCUCAUGAGUAGUGGUGCAUGCGGAGCAUUUGUCCAUGGCUUGGAGGAUGAGUUCUUGGAAGUGCGAACUGCUGCUGUUGAUUCCCUCUGCGAGUUGGCUUAUCGAAACGCUCCUUUUGCAGUCCUGUCACUGGAUUUCCUGGCUGACAUGAUGAAUGAUGAAAUUGAAAGUGUGCGACUAAAUGCCAUCAACAGUCUGCGUAAGAUAAGCAAGCAUGUUCAAUUGAGGGAAGAUCAGUUGGAAACACUGCUAGGUGUCCUGGAAGACUUCUCUGGAGACACCAGAGAAGCAGUGCGCGAGCUGUUGUGUCACUGCACCUUAUCCACCCGGGCAAGUCUUCAUGCCACCAUCCAUGCGUUGCUAGGAAACUUGUCAAAAUAUCCUCAAGACAGGACGUCUAUAUGGAGGUAAGAGCUGCUUUGGGUAGACAUCAGUGCUUGCUGCACUAGAGGUGAGAGUUAAGAAUAGACCUCUUUAGCUUGUAUGUUUUAUUUUCUCCGAGUAGGUCAUGUUAUAAUAUGCAAGAGAACUGUUUCUUUUAAUCCAAACUCCACUGAAUAUUCAUGAUCCCUUAUGAUGACAUAAUGGACCUUAUUCACGAUACCUGCCAUGUUUUGCACGCGCGUACAGCUGUCUCGGAUAACAUGCAGGGGUUUCAAUAAAAAUUGAAGUAGCCAGCAGGUUUGAAAAGAGUAUUCGACUGUAUCAACAAGGGGCCGUUAGUCCCCUUUUUCUAGAGGGAUCUGGGGACGUACUUCCCCAUAAAUAUUUGGAAAUUUCAAAGCCCUAAAAUGUGAUUUCCAGCGUUCUGGGUACUAAAUUGAGGACAAAAGAGUGUGUUUUUCAUUCAAAAAAAUGUAGCUUUCAUUCCAGUUUCAGCCACACAAUCAAUUGCUACAACCAACAAACGAAUGAUGAAAACUAAGUUACGUACAAAUUCUGCGUAAACCUAUAAAAUUCUGAAAAAGUUGACUGAAAUAUAGCGUUCACAUGACUACAGCAUGACGUAAAGCAUAAGAGAGCAUGGAGAAAAUGAAGCCAACAUUUGACAAAUUAAUUGAAACUGAAUAAGAUCGAUGGAGUCAAACAGUGCGAAUUCACGUCUUGUCAUCCAGAAAUUUUGCUACCAUGGCAACGUUACGUAACGACUUCUCCUCUUUAUUGGUAAUGUUAACAAAUAAUCUAGACGGCCGUGACAGAGCCCCUUUAAUCUCACGAUAUUUUUUUUCUCUUUACUUUUAGAUGUGCCAAAUUUCUGGGUGAAAAGCAUCAACAUCUUGCGUCAUCCCUUACACCUGAGCUACUGUCUACUCAUCCAUUCUUUGCCACACCUGAACCGUCCAUUGAUGACCCUGCUUACGUAGCCAUUCUUAUUCUGGUAUUCAAUGCUACGGCUAAAAGUCCCACAAUGCUGACCAUGUUUCCAGGUUACACCACCCGUCACUAUGGAUACCUGCGUGACAGUCAACCUGAUCUGGUACCACAUCUGGAUAUAGAGAAAGUUGAUGUCAACGUAGAUCACAGGAGAACUGAAGAAGAAGGUGAGGAGUUAGUUGAAACGUGAGGGUUGGUUUUAAAACAGAGUUUAGCCAAAAUAGCGUAGAAUGAGGUUUUGUGACAAAACCGCAUUCUAAGCUAUUUUCAUUUUACAGGGACACCCUUGCUUUCCUUGGCUCCUUAUCUUAAACUAAAAAAUGUAAUAAGGUCGCCAACUAGAAAACCGAGCUUACUAUUAUCAUGUUAAUAUAUAAUCUAAACAGGACACGUCUGCUGUACUCUGAUCCACAACAGUAAUUUCAUUUGUGAUAUUACUCAGUUGUGAGGAAACGACUCGUUGUUGUCACUGUCCAUUUUCUUUUAGGAUCCCAAAAGGCAAAGAGGUUUUUUGAAAGCAUCCAGUUGCGGCUUCAGUGCAUUGCAUCACAGAAUCCAGUAAAUGCCCAGCAAGGUCUUCAAACAGCCAUUCAAGAUUUGAUUCAUAUAAAGAGCAUCAAUUCGUCUCUUAGUGGUGAUGCCGAGUGCCUUUCUCUGUACCUUCAGUGUCACAGAAUGAUACUGCAGGCUCAGAAUGACAAAAUAUGGAGCAUACCUGCAGUGCUUUGCACCCAUCAGGGGUCGGGACUGAAAUCCCUAGUGGAAAACAUUCUUUUGACGUCCUAUCGCAUUGAACAUAUGUUUAUGGGCCUUAGUCAUCAACAAAUGUUCUUACUACGGCAGUUGAGGCUCAUUGCGCAUGCGUUACAGAUUCUCGUCACACAACGUUAUAGCAGCGCGCGUGACAGAAGCUUAAAUUCCAUGCUUCAGAUCUGGGAGUCUUUUUUGAUGAGGAUCAAAACGUUUUCAAACUUUAUCAACGAGGAGAACAUUCACACAGAUGCUUUUUCGGCAGCGGUUGUCUCAUUUCCCAGUUUCUUUGAAUCUAACAUCACUAACCCGUCGGAGGUAAUGAAUUAUGUUCACUCCAUCGUUCUCUCUUAUCAAGUUGCACAAUUACAGUUGGCGAACAGUUUGCAUCAAGCAUCUGCAGUCAUAAACGAGCCACAUGGCGGUUCAGACAAUCCCCUAUGCUUCUCUGCUGGCCUGACUUUGGGAAUCAAUGUUGAAGCAGUAUUGGAGAAUGUGGGAGAUGCAAGCAAGGUCAGAGUACAGGUCAGUAUGGCACUUAUCAUUGUAUUGCAUUGUUCUUACUGAUAAACAGCAAAAUCUAUAAUCAGUGACAAGAGCGACAAAAUGCUUGUGUCAACAAUUUCAUGUAAUAUAUCAAAAACGACACGCAAUGUUUCAUCCGAUAUCCAGACACCGAGAAGUGGGUUGAAAAAUGAGGCACGGCCGAGUUUUCUGAGACCGACCUCGAGUUGUCUGGACAUCGGAUGAAACACUGAGGGGAGUUUUUGAUAUAGCUUCUCAAAUGAACAAGAAUUCUUGGAGAAAUUCAAAGAUAAAGUAAAUUAUGUUUAAACGCCGUAAAUCCCCCCACGCCAGAAUGUUGUUUGUAGUUGAAGAAAGACUAGACACUAUUGGUUUGGGAGGAGGGGAAUGUUGCAUAACCAUUAUUUCCUCGUAAAAGAAUUCUAAAUUGUAGCCUGCGUAGCAGGCGCUAGGAAAUAAAUGGGCGCCUCGCGUGUCUCCCUCCGCCCGUCCUUUCUUGCGCCCAUUUAUUUCCUAGUGCCUGCUACGCAAGCUAUGUAAAUUAUAAUAUGUUUAUCUAUACGGAGCACCUAAGAGUUCAUUAGAACUCGUUGAAGCGUGUCCGUGCGUUCCAGAUCGAAUUGGAAUUUGAAAGUGUCGGUUUUUAAGGAGAGAGCAAAACCGGAGAACUUCUCGGAGCAAGGGAGAGAACCAACAACAAACUCAAUCCAAACUCAAUCCACGUCGACGCCAGGAUACGUACCCGGGCCACAUUGGUGGAAGGAGAGUGCUCUCAACACUUCACCUUCCAUGCUCCCAUUUGGAUGUGUCUGUUAAUACAGUCGAACCUCUAUCAAGCGGCCAGUAAUUAAAGUCCCGAAAUACUUGUAGAAAAAAUUGGGACCUAGACUUCUGUUAUAAUAAGCGGCCACCUUUUGUCCGUCCCAACGAGAGUUCUCCCAUUGUUGUCACCUCUAUUAAGGGACUGGUCAAAAAGUAUAGGGGGGGUGGGCCGGAGCAGAGAGGGGGUGGGUCAUGAGGUUUUGAGCCUGGUGCCAGGGGUGGGUCGGCCAAUUUUCAGCUACCCUGAGGGGGUGGGUCACCCUAUUUUAUUACAUAGAUAGGCACUAACUACUAACGAGACAGUUGACUACACUUACUACAAGGUUUUAUUGGAUUAUUAAGAGGAAACGAAACAUCCAUGUUUUAACUAGGGGGUGGGUCAUGCAAUUUCCAACCUUGCUUUAGGGGUGGGUCAGUCUUUUUUGUGCCGAAGGGAGGGGGUGGGUCAUGUGUUUUUUUAUCAACCACAUUUCCAAAUGCUCCAGCCCACCCCCGCCUAUACUUUUUGACCAGUCCCUAAGCGGCCAUUAAAACGUUUGAUACACUUAGAUUAGCUUUAUUUCAAGACUAUGAUGAAGGAAAAUACAGUCCGAGAUAGAAGGUGACGACCGAUUUUGGACCAGUAAUGCUGCUCCCUUCGUGCGUUUGUUUCAAAAAUAAAGCGAUGUUUCUGCUAAAGAUUAUACAAAUUUUUGACGAACCUCUAUUGAGCGGUCAACCUUCUUAAAGCGGCCACUUGCCGGUACCCCGCCCAAGGGUGGCCGCUCCAUGGAAGUUCAACUGUAGUUAACCUCCUGAACAACUCUCCUGUAUAUACCAAUCAUUACAAUAACAUCUUGCAGGUUGUAUUUCCUGAUUUAAGUUGCCAGUGGUUCAUUCCCAAACGCGAUGACUUUCAUGUGAUAUCUCCUCAAAAGCAACGACUUUCUACUACAGUCAUUUUAUCACAUCUUGGAUGGUCUGGUAUGUCUUAACCUGUUUUGCUUCUUCACUCAUCUUUCAUAAUCGCCACUUUAGAAACAAGAAGGUAACUGGAGCCGAAAUGUGUCCCGCUUGCAUUAGUUGAUCACGUGAUCAACUUUAGGUAAACACGAAGACAGUUCGCUUUUGAAAAAAGAAAGAGCAUAAUUAUUCAAAUUCGGUAACCUGUAAAUUUUCAGCCGUAUGUCUCAAAAGUAGCGAUUGCAACGGCCUCCGAAAAUUAGAAAGGGAAAAGGAGAAGUAUGAGAAAACAACUCUUGCCACCCAGUCCCGCUUGAAUGGUUUUUCAUACAAAUCCUUGUAAAUUCUGAAAUUUUUAAGCAGUCGUUAAAUCUUUCCCGUACGUUUAGGGCUCAAAUUUCCCGUUUUUAAUUAAAAGGAGAUUUGAGCCCCGUGGUGCUUAAGGAAAUAAUUCACGACAGUUUGAAAACUUCGGAAGAAACUAUCAGAAUAAACUAGCCGAGACUUUCUCAAAGCCCGACUUACGUCCUUCGCUUGGCGAGCGUCCCUUGCAAGUCUAAAACUAGCUCUUUGUCGGUGUGAAUACAAUGGUAAAACCCGUGUUUUCUCUUAUUGCAGAACCAGGCUUGAUCGAGGUCUCAUUAGUUAUUAAGUACAGUUCUGAUGUGGAUGAAGCAGGUGUGCUGAGCCUUAGUUCACACGCGGUCAGCGGUUCAGAUGUGGAAGUCAGAGGUACAAAGAAAACCAAGAACUCUGCAGACAGUUUGAUCAGCGGCGUUAUCAAUCUCUGUUCGCCAGUUCAAGUUUGUAUUAUGCCGAAGCCCAUUAGAUAGUAUUAUUCAGUGCAUAGUUAUUCUCUAUUUGCACAUCUCCAGGACCCUAGUCGACUCCUGACAUCUCCCAUAAUAAACACUUGAUGACUGGACCAGAGAGAAACAGUUUAUUUUGUUUCCCGAAAAUCUUAAUGUUUCCCGUCGGUCAACAUUCGCCGGUGGCAGUGCACUGUUACCCUCUGACGUCGUAGAUUUGCAAUGAAGCCCGCUCUGAGAUUGUGGCGCGAAACAGUUUUAUUGUUAGAUGACAUAUUACCUCAAAGUAACCAAUGAGAGCCCGCGCUGUCCGGCUAUAUAACAAUGACUUGUUUUAAAAAUUUUUUUGAGCAAAGUAAUCUCGUAAACAAUCUGCGUUCUUUUACGUAUAAAUUGUAAAAAGGGCAAAGUCCAACAUCUUUAUGUGCAAAUUGUGUGCGUGAGUUAUUUUUAUAAUCCUGUUUACUAGAUUUACUGUGUGAUAACUCGAAUUAUUAUAUAAACACCAAUGAAAUGCCA